AUGAACCAUACUUGUAAUGAUGGUAUUGCAAAUCAUAUUUUAGAAGUAUUAAAUGAACUUCAAUUAGAUCCUGAUCGGUUAGUUGCACAAUCCUAUGAUUAUGCAAAUAAUAUGAGUGGCCAACUCAAUGGUGUACAAGCAAAG